CCAGAAUGCCCGUCAUCAGAGAUGAUCACCGCGAGCACGCGUUGAAUGUUGUCUUUUGGGACUUGAACGACGAAGAAACUCGAGUAACCCAAUAUGUCGACAGACUGUCGCAGCUGAAAAGGCUGGCCGACCUGAUUGAGAGGGAGGAUGUCAAGCUCACCAUCAAGAGCAGUUCAACUCAGGAGCCUGAAACUCGGACGCCAACAGCACAUGAGCUCAGAGAAUUACUGCGCCUAUUCUUGCUGCCCAGCUCGAAUGGCUACGUAGGCGUGGACGUGUUUGCCGAGAGCCCAAUGAACACACUGCGCACGCCUCAGCGCGAAAAAUAUUUGAAGAAGCCGGCCACUAAAGGUGACACCAGCAGCAACGCUCGUAUGCCCAAAGAUAUCGGCGGGACCCUAUCAGAACCCAUCAACACUUCCAAUAAAGACAGCGAGAUGCAGAUUGAGGCCAGGUCAGCCCAGCCGGCUCGAUCGUCGAAAGCAGAGGGACAAUCGAAGCGUCGUCUGCUUGAGGUUGAUGACAGCAGCGAGGACGACGCUCCGGUAUCAAACAAACGAAGGAAGGGCGCCGCGACAAAAGGUAAGUCUUGCCUUGGGACCAGAUUGUUGUAGC